AACAUUCUACAUCGCAACCAUCGACAUUCGCUUGACCAAUCUACAACGACUUUCCACCCUCGCCUGGUCUACAUCGGGCUUACUACAUUGACCAGCCAGCUACCCGCACUGCCACGAUCGAAACCCUGGUUUGAUGUCCAACUUCUAAGGAGUAUUGACAGGAUCUUAAAAACGUAGAGGCAGGUGCUACCGUCCGUCUCUACCUCCACAAUCACCUUCGGUUCCACCAACUACCAGGAAUGACGACCGUCAACCCGCUUCAAAACAUCUACGUCGAUCGUUCGGCCAACAUCACCCCCCGACCGCAUUCUCGAAAUAGACAAUCUUCUUACCAACAACAACAACACCAAUAUCAAACUCAACAGCCCUCUUCGCAGCCCCUUUCUCAUACUACACCACUACGGAACACCGUCAAGACCUCUUCUGCCGCUCAACCUGGAUCCUCCACGCCACUACAAUCAUACACCAACAGUCCCCUUCUCGAUGGCUCCUUUAUCGCACCGUCCAUCACCCCGGCACGACCGACUCUCGAUCCUACCUCGCCCUUCGUCGUACCCUCGACCGUCAAGAAUGCGGCCUUCUUCAUGCAAGAACCUGCUAGCGUACAAAAGGGAAUGAGGGCCAAGCUGUUCGGCCAGGGGGUCGAGGGAGGAUACUUGGUCUCGCCCCAGGGAGCCACUCCGUGGAAGACUUCCGGAGUCAAGUCGGGAAUGGGUGGGGGGAUGUCGAUGGAGGUUCAUGGUGGGAUCAACUUCACGCCGAUGAGCGGGAGUGACCUUCAUCAUCAUCUGGCAGGCGGGACAGACCCUUUCCUUGUAGGUCCCGAGGAUACCGCGACGAUCGCCAACUGGGAUGGUUCGCUCUCUGGAGAUGGGUCAUACGCGGGCGUGAGCGGGAUGGACUUGAACACCGACUUGGACGUUAGCAUGGGCUUGCACCAGAUGGGCGAUGGGGCACGGUUCGGUUUGGGAUUCGAUUACCUAGACCAUCACCCAACGAGUGGGAGUAGCGGAGGGAGCGGUGUUUCCAACGCCUUUGUCUCGACGCCAUCUGGGAAAUACCCUUCCACCCUGGGCCUGGGUUCGGGUUACGCGCCGAGCUCGAGAAAGCCGAUCAACAGGUUGGUUUCCGGCUCUUCUAUGCGUCCUAACGGACCCGUGUUGUCUAUCCAGCCGGCGAGUUCUCCUCUGCCCAGCUUUGUACCGGGGUCGAGCACGCCUUCGAGUUCGCUUGGAAGCAAUGGACCGGUGGGAUUGCCAGGACCAGCGAGUAGGAGGAUGAUGCAGCAGAUGAACCAGUCCGGGUCAGCAGCGGAUAAUGUGAACAACAACCAGAACAUGUCGGCUCGGUCGGUCUCGUCGACGUAUGAAGGUAUGGCGCCUCGGCCAGGGUUGACUAUGAACCGAUCAGCUUCGACGUCGGCCUUGACAAUGGGAGGACAAGCGAGCGCCUUUACAUCGAGACCUCUGGCGAGGAUGGGCGGGUUCAGGCCCGUGUCCUCUAGCGGUGUCGCCGACGAUGGAGAAAUGCCCAUCUCGCCGCAUCUGUUCCCGGCCUCCUCAAUGACCCCGACGUUGAGCGAAGGUACCUCGCCAGCCUUUACAUACCAAUUCCAGCCCUACAUCGGGACGCAUCAUCGGCAUAUCAGCGCUCUGAGCGGGACGACGAUCGACACGCCCGCACUCGAAUCUUCGAUCCCCAGUCCAGACUUUUCGACGCAUCACCAUUCUCCCUUGGUCACCCCGCUCGUCGGACCGUCCUCGGCUGGGUUGUUGCCCAACAAUGCACAAUACUUCCCGGCACCGAAUCCAGCAGAGUAUCAGUUCCAGCAAAAGCUCAAUGGUCUGGCUAUCCAAGUCGAAGGGACAGAGAGAAUGUGGGAUUCGGGGCCGAUGUCGAGCGUAACAACCAUUAGUAUGGCGGAUACGAUACAUUCAGCUCAAGGACUGUCGCAAGAUCAGACGGGCGUCCCGAACGGCUUUGUCGAACUGACAAAUGACAUGCGCUCGCCCCACACCCCCAUUGACGGUCAGAUGGGUCAACUACAAGCAGCGCAAGCGGCUGCAUUCCAGGUGUACCAAACGACCGGGGAUUUCAGUUCGAUGCCCUUGCAAGCAUACGAGAUGUCCUCGAACGCUUCUCUUGAGGUACCUUCUACUGCGCACUCGACGAUGUCGGAUCAACAGCAAUGGGCAACAGGGGAGCAGAUCAGCUAUCAGAUGCCUUUGCAACUCUCUGCGCCUCCCACUGCGAGUCGAUCGAUCGUUCAAUCCCAGAUGCGACACGUCUCGUCGCCAUACGACAUUUAUCCUACGGGAGCACAAUUACAGCUGCAACCUCCGUUGCCUAUGCCCCGGUCAGUCUCGGCUGGCUACGUUCCCGUGAUGAAUACUGGCUUGGGUCAGGAUGCCUAUGCUUCCAGUAGCCAAGGUCAGACCCGAGAGGAAGUCAGCUUCCCGGUAAACGCGAGUCUCGAAGCCACCAUCAAGGGAGGAGCUUUCGGAGCGGCGGCAGCGUACCAGUCGACGCCGGGGUCCAGUAUGGGCCUCAUGGCUGCCGUCCUUGAAGGUGGGGACGACCGAGCUGCCAAACGUCAGCGAGUGAAAUACCCGCCCGUCGGGAAACGACUCCGACCUGGACCUAAGCCUAAACCAAAGACGCCGAAAUCGAAGCGGAGGGAGGGAUCGAGCGCUCGAACGGUCUCCAAUCCGGAGUCCCUACCAUACGAUCCGUUCGUGCAGAUCGCGCGUACAGGGACGAUCGAGAUGAACUCGCAGCUGCCCAAACAACAGUUUCCCGUCCACGUCGAGCCUCAGGAACCGACUUUCCUACCCGAGGCUUCUCAGCAGGAUCGCAGGUCCGAGACUCCGGCAGACAUGACAGCUGCCGUCAAGUCGACCGCGAAAGCAGAAGAUAGCCAGGCGGAUUCGCAGGCGCCCGACUCGCAAUCCAACGUCACUCGAUCCUAUUUGGAAAGCUGCUACAUCAUGUUCAUGCAAGCCGACAAGGAAAGCGGUGGGGCCCCAGUCAAGCGGUACCGAUGCAACAUCGACGACUGCGAGCGCGUCUUUCCUCGAAAGAGCGCCAUUCACAGUCAUAUCCAGACGCAUCUUGAGGACAAGCCUUUUGUCUGUACCGCUCCGGACUGCAACGCCGCAUUCGUACGGCAACACGACUUGAGACGUCAUGUUCGGAUACAUUCUGGGACCAAGCCUUUCCCCUGCCCAUGGUGAGCAUCUUACGCGGCUCCCGGCGUCAUUUUGAAUCGCAAAGUGACCCUCCUCUUCGGUGGUGCUGUAGUGGAAAGGGUUUCGCUCGAGGAGACGCCCUCAUGCGACAUCGCCAGCGAGGAAUCUGCGCAGGUAGUGUCGUUCCCCUAAAAUCGCUCAAGCGCAAGGCUUCGGUGGAUAGCAGCUCAUGAAGGGAGAUGACUAGGAAGACAACAUCACAUUCACCCCUGUAUCGAUAAAUUCGCUUGCGUUGCUUUCCGA